CUGUUUCAAGGCAAUUCCAGGUACAGCCGGUAUCUACCUUUGAAGCCGUCGCCAUGCCAAGCAAAGUGGUGGACAGAAUCCUACCAUCGCCAUGCCCUCCCAGCACCGAGCCCGGCACCAUUCUAGUCGAAACUGAGAGGGUCAUUAUACGGCGAUACCUCAUGUCAGAUGCUCCAGCCUUGGCAUUGGCCGCAAAUCACGACCAAGUUGCCAGCUUCAUGAGCGACCGCUUCUCUAGCCCAUACACUACCGCCGACGCCGAAGCUUUCAUCAAACGCAGCGUUCACGACGAUGCUUCCGCAGUUUACCCUCAUGCCGCUGCAAUACUCAUAAAGCCAGGCUGCCCAUGCAAUCCUUCGGCAACAGAGUCACUCCUCGUUGGUGGCAUUGGCACUCGUCCUUUGGAAGAUAUCCUCUACAGAACGUGGGACUUGGGCUAUUACCUCUCACCGUUAGUAUGGCGUCAGGGCUAUGGAACUGAAGCGCUUAGCGCAUUCUCAAGAUGGGCGUUUGAGACAUGGCCAAAAUUGUAUCGUCUACAAGCGCAAGCAUAUGCGAGUAAUAUUGCAAGCCAAAAGCUACUACAGAAGUGCGGCUUCGAAUUGGAGGGGAGGGGAAGAGGGGCUGUUGAGAAGAAUGGCGAGAUAAUGGAUGAGGUUCGAUUCGGCCUGUUGAGAAGCGAUUUGAAGUGAUUUCUUUGAAAAUGGUUUUUAUAUAAUGGUAUAGUGUUUUGCGAGUAAUUGGUUGGAGAGAGCUGGGAAGAUUGAAGAGGUUCCGAGUCAUACUUGGGAAGAGACCAAUCAGGACAUGUACAUACUACCAGAGAUGAAGGUCCACUUGAAAAUAUUGAUCGAUGUUUCUUU